AUGGCUCCAAAGAAAUCAAAACUCACGAAGGUCUCUGCUGACGCCCCUGAUUGGAUUUCUGGGCAAAGUGCAGCAAAGCAUGCUGAAGAAUUUCAAGCGGUUCUAGUGCAUGAACAAUCAAAGAGCUCGGUAAGAUUCUACUCCCCCUUUCCCCUUAGCCUGAGAGGUCCCUUCAAGACUCCAUUUUUAGGUCCUCACUAUCACCAGGUCAAACCUGAGAGUUUAUUGGCUCUAGACACUCAGUUGGUUCGAGUGCCAUUUCCGUACGAUCUGCAAGACAUAGAUUGGGGGUCAGGGGAGACGAAUUUAGAACGGUUGGGUUCCAGCCCUGAUGUGCCUCUUUGUAGAAAAGGCUUAUAUUCCGAUAAUCUUGAACUAUACAGGAAUACAAUAUUUAUACAGGUAUUGCUCGGGUAA